AAAAUUGAACACGAAACUGACGCCUCGCCGGAAAAAGGCCCUAAAGUUGGGAAAAUCGUGGAAAACUCGCAUUUUUCUCCAGGGAAAACAAAACACCUUCCCGGGCGACUAUUUGAAAUUAAGAAUUUCAUCGAAAAACGUGCAGGAAAUGUGAUAAAAUAGUUCCAGAAGUAAACAAAAAAUUAAAAUGGUAUUGCUGGCCCAAGGGCCGUGGCCCUUUACGAAUGAAAAUGUGCUUGAAUCGAAAAUAAACUCACAAUCCUACAAGAAUAAGCAGAACUAUCCUCGAGACUACUUCAAUCGCUUGUCCGUCUUCGAGAAUCCAUGUCCAGCAUUCGUACUAGGCGUGCACUAUUUUAAAGAAACCCGGAGUCAAAGUUUGAUGGGCCCCCAAGUGGCGGAGGCCCCGCUUUUUUUCGCUGCAUGGAUUCAAUGAAACGCAACGAGGCAAACAACAGCAGCCACCAUCAAACCAAGGUGGUCUUCAUGAAACAAGUAGCUGAUACUAAAAACGAAAGAGAUCUAUGCAAAAUCAGUGUCAGCGACAUUGGCAGCAGUGAGACAAUCCUUGCAGCAAAAAGUGAGAGUAAGAGCAUCAAGAACAGUUUUUGCCAUUCCGACAACGCAUCAGUUGCAGGAAGUAGGAAUAACCAGCUACAUACAACAAUUCAGCAACCUCAUCGAUCGGCAGCGACAUCAAUCGUGCUUGUAAAGACAUUGCCGGAAAAAUACAAGGAUUCUGAUACAAGGAUUGGCGCGAUCUUACCUCCAUCAGCAGCCAUCAGUGACAUAAAAGAUUCCAACUUUGAUGACGACAACGAAUGGGAUGUAGGCAUUAGUGAUCUGAUAAUAGAUCUAGACGCCGAUAUUGAAAAAACUGGUUUAAAUCAACUUCAGCAGCAGCAACAAUACAUCCAUUUGAAUCAGACACAGCAGCAAGUUAUCGAAAAAGUAGUUUCUAAAAGCAUACAGACGUCUGUGGGUGCUGGUGGACUACAGCUAGCUGAAGACGCAGUGCCAGGAUGUUCCGACAUCCCGAAUGUUAGAAGCACAACCAAAAAUACUAACCAUUUUCGGGCAUCCUUUGACGACACUAUUAGUAACUUGACUGCUGAACAUUCACUUUCAGAGGACGGACAUAUUGUGACUAGUUCUGUUGAUGCAAAUACCAGCAGUUCUAAAGGGCAUCAUCACCGUCAUAAACAUCAAAGCCACCAUCAUCGACAUAAGCAUCUAUUGUCUAGCGAAAAAAGUGAAGAAGAUUCAUUAUUUAAGACAACUCAACGGCCCGUUAGCAACAGUCCAACGACAGUAACAAAAGCUGAUUGUCGUACUAGUGACAGUAACGUAAAUACCGAAUCCUGCUUGUCGCAAUUAGUUUUGACAACAAACCAGUUAGAUAGUAGGAAGGAAGUGCCUAACGCUAACUCUGGCAUUGAACAGCAUACAUUCUCCAGCGGAAGCGUUCGCGAUAAAGUCUCCGGAACGAUCCAACCCAAAACUAGCAACGAAAUUACGCUCUGUAGUACCAUUGUCACAAUGUCUUCGACUACAAGCAGUUCGAGUAAAUCAACGACGAAAUUGUCUGUUGAUCAUCAAGCAACACUGGAUAAAGGAUUAAAGAUGAAGAUAAAACGUACCAAGCCGGGAACGAAAACAUCCGAAGCAAAGCAUGAAAUCGUUAAGUCUGAUCAGAAUGGAACGACUCCAACCACUGCCACCCUGACUUGUAGCAGUGUAUGUUCGAUUUCCAGCGCCAGUUCGGUUUUGGGAAAUGCGUUAUCGUCGCAAACUACCGCAACUAGCGGCGUGACGACUACAUCGUCGAGCACAACGCAAUCAUCUCAAAGCAUUGUUGUUGCGAACAUGAAUGUUAGUGCCACAACAGUUGCCGUAACACACUCAGUAAAAGCUGCUGAUAAUGCGAGUAUGCCUGCUGUUCUCAACACAACUAAUAACAGCAGCAGUAAUACUGGCAGUAGCAUAAUCAGUAAUAUUGCAGUUACGAAUACAACCGCCAGCCCCGCUACAAAUACAACCCACUUGCUAGGGAUAGGAGGUGGUACAAUGGUUACUGGACAAAGUGUAAAUUGCAACAACAAUGCAAAUGGAAAUAUUGGUAAUUCUGGAACCAUAACUGUUAGCAGUAAUACUGUCGCCAACUGCAAUAUCAGUACAAAUAGUAACAGCUGCAUAGUUGGAACAAACAAUAGUAACGGUAACAACAGUAAAAAGCAUUCAUCUCAAUCUACCAGCAAUACUGCCAACGCUAACAGCACCAUUAAUACAAUCGGUCAGAACAAUGCUAAUCAGCAGCAACCGAUUCAUUGCUCGAGCAUGCAUAGUUCACAACAGCAAUCCCAACUCCAAACCUCCAAUAAACGCAGUAGCAGUAGUCACCGGAGAGAUAAAGGUAAAGAUAAGACUACACAUCACAAUCAGCGGGAUAAAAGUGAACUGGUACCACAGCAGCAGCAGCAACAACAACACCAGCAACAGCCACAGCAACACCUAUCGCAACAGCAGCAGCAAUAUCAACAACAGCAGCAACAACAACAACAGCAACAGCAUCAACAACAAGAGCAGCAGCAGCAGCAAAAACAACAACAAGAGCAGCAGCAGCAAAAACAACAACAAAAACAGCAGCAGCAACAACACGAACAGCAGCAACAACAGGAAAAGCAGCAACAACAGGAACAGCAUCAGCAGCAGCAGCACCAACAGCAGCAGCAACAACAGCAGCAGCAACAGCAGCAGCAGCAGCAGCAGCAGCAGCAGCAGAAGAAUCAAAAGGAACAGCAACAGCAGCAGCAGCAACAGCAACAACAACAGCAACAGCAACAGCAACAGCAACAGCAAAAGGAACAGCAACAGGACCAGCAACCUCCGCAGCAACCUCCGCAGCAACAGCAGCAACCGCAAACGCAGUCACAUCUACAGCAGCCGCGGCCGCAGCAGCAACCACACCAGCAUCAUCAUCACCACCACCAACAUCACAGUGGCAUCACAGAGGAUAGUGGUUCUAGUGACAAGAUCAAUCGUUCCUCCUCCAUUAGUAGUAGCAGUUGCACCUGCUCCUCUUAUAGUCAAGCGAAUGGUCUUGUCCAGCAACAGCAAACACCUUGUUCCAACACAUCUUGCAUUUACUUAAAGAGCACGUUUGGUGAAGAGAGUGGACCAAGCGAGGAUACAACGAUCAUAGCGACGCAAAGAUUAGGCAAGAUAGGGUGUGGCACAGGUGGUAACAGUAAUAGUACAGUAAUGACUUCUGUUGGAUCAUCUGUUGCUUCUAGUAUAGUCAACAGUAAUAAUAAUACUCUCAAUGCAUCCGGGUCACCAUUGUACGUUAAAGAUGUGUGCAAGACGAUAAACAUUACAUCUUCCGCCAUUUCCUCACAAAACACCAUCUCAUCAAGUGUAAACAGUAACAGUUUAAUAGGCAUUGCCGGUGGAAAUAGUAAUUAUUCCACAAGUUCGAUGGUCUCUAAGGUACAUCUGCAAAAUUCAUUACAGGGUAUUGGCGAUGUAAAUACGAAUAAGGCCAAUAGCAGUAACAUGAUAGUUUCUUCUGGAACGCUCUUGUCAAGUGUCGGAACAUCAGUUAGCCCUGGUUUACAUACACAGGAUGGUAAGAUGUAUGGUUCCAGCCCACCACCCGCCAAACGUCAUAAAGGAGAUCGAAAGGACAUGGUAGACGUUUGCGUGGGAACAUCAGUCGGAACCAUCACAGAACCAGACUGUUUGGGACCCUGUGAACCGGGUACUUCAGUAACGCUUGAAGGCAUCGUAUGGCAUGAAACGGAAGGUGGCGUUUUGGUUGUAAAUGUGACCUGGCGAGGGAAAACCUACGUUGGUACGCUUAUCGACUGUACCAAACAUGACUGGGCACCACCAAGAUUUUGUGACUCUCCAACGGAGGAAUUAGAUUCGAGGACACCGAAAGGCCGUGGCAAACGAGGCAGAAGCAGUGCAUUACUGCCAUCAAACGAUCUUAGCAAUUUUACGGAAACUAGAAGUUCGAUGCACAGCAAACUGAGAAAUGGAGGCUCCAAGGGUCGAGGGGGCCGUGGAGGGGUUAUAGAAACGAAUUCAGCAAAACUUCAACCUGGAACUGCAGGUGCUAAUGUGCUUACUCCAACCAAUGUCAGCUGUACCCCAACCAUUGGGCCUAACAAUACUCCUUCAACGUCGCCGAUAGCGUUCCUACCACCGCGAGCAGAGAAACGCAAAUCAAAAGACGAAUCUCCAUCUGCGCAUGCUGCUGGUAAUGGUAGCUCGGGAGCUGGAUUUGUAAUUGGUGGCGGAAGCCUUGCUGUUAGUAGCAAUGCUUCUAUUGGAAACAAUGUGAUAAACCCUACAAAUUUGAGUACUGGAAAUUCCUCCGAUAAAGUUAUGAAUGCUGGUUUAAACAACGGUGGCUGCGGAGAUGGGAUGAUGACUAGCGGAACUCAGUAUGCCAUUGCUAGUUCUGUAGUAGGAAUCAAUGUUAAUGUUGGUGGUGCAGGAAAUCCUGUCGGCAAGAAAAGCAAAGUCAGUACGUCGCCAUGUGCUAUUUCACCAGUUCUUUUAGAAUGUCCUGAGCAAGAUUGCAGCAAAAAAUACAAGCAUGCAAACGGUUUAAAGUACCACCAAAGUCACGCGCACGGAGGCAGCGCAUCAUCGAUGGAUGAAGAUUCUAUGCAGGCUCCAGAGUCACCUCAACCGACUAAAACGCCACCGUCGCUGCCAGUUAUUUCUCAACUUGGAGCAGCAGUGGGAACGUGCAGUGGAUCUCAGUCAAAUCUACCGACCGAUAACCUUUUGUCAAACCCAGAAACAAGUGCGCUAGCGGUUUCCAGUAACAAUGAGUUGGUAGUUGCUUUAUCAACCACAACAACGAUAGCUGGCGACCAAAAUCCUAUUGCUGUUAGCUCGGCUGUAAUUGUAUCAACAGUGCAAUCUGGUACUGCUUCAGGCAUUUCAACUUCGUCUAGUCAAUUGCCACAACAAAGCAUAGGAUCGAAAUCUUCGCAAACAAUGUUGGUUACAACGGCACAAGCUGCCUGUCACACCUCACCAAGCUUAAAUGAUGGUGAGAAUGCCGUCGCUAACACGAUAGGAGGCAUUUUAUCCCAACAACCCCAUACCUCUGCGGAUCAGUCAGGUACAAAAAAGGAUCCAUCUGAAGUGAAUGAUAGUAUCGAUAGCAAUGCAGCCGUGGAUACAAAUAUGGGAACGAUAUCCUUGAAUGGUUCUUGCAUUAUUGUUCAACUUUCAGAUGAGGCGGAUGUUUCUGCAAAGUUGGGAAUUGGCACGGCCUCAAAUAGUAGAUCAACUAGCGUGGCAACACUACUCUCGGUUUCUACUGCCGGUGACGCUACAAAAACUCCGAGCAAUUAUGUGAAGCAAAAGAAGAUACGGAAGUCACCCGGUCCCUCUGAGUAUGAUGCAAUGACCUCAUCGGCAAAUAAUCGUACAGAAGAUGUACAAAGUCCAGCUUACAGUGAUAUCAGUGAUGAUUCCACACCAGUCACGGACUUGACCGAAAUGCCUGUCAACAGUGGAGAAGGAAGUGAAAAAUCUAAAGGAUCUCACGUAGCUGACACAUCCGUCACGCGAAAAUCAAAUGAACUGCCAGGUAAUGGUGUAAACAAUGCAGCAAACAGCACUUCAACAGCAGUUGGUCCGUUAGGACAACUGGCGGGAUACGGUCUAUAUCCUUUUUAUUCUGGGUUGCCGCACCACCAACCACCUACAGUAGGAGGUUCGUAUUUUCAAACGGCACCAGAUCUAGGUUCAGGUAGACCUCCUGCUCCGCCUUCGACGACGAUUAGUACGGUAGUAUCGCACAACAUUCCGACGAGUAUUGCAGGUCCAGGAACAGCAUCAUCCAGUGGCGCAAUUGAAUAUAGUAAAAACAAGGAACCUCCUCUGGAUCUUAUCAAUAAACCUAGUGUUGGUUGUUCGUCGCAACUUUCAUCGCAUCAACCACAAAUUGCGUCUUCGGCGUCCGCACCACCAACAUUGACGCCGGGAAGCACAACGCCCAACACGGAGGUUCCCCGAAGUAUAGCGAUAAAUUCUUCGGUGGUGGGAAUGCAACAUCAAGGAGACAUCAAAGAUGUCACUAUUUUGAGUUCUGGUCCUCUAUCAACACCUCCUGGAAGUAAAGUGCUACAGCAUUAUUAUCCAUAUGGCUAUGUAGCGUCAGGCUAUAGUUAUCCAGGUCUGGAUUCCGGCUAUGGCUCAAUAUCAGCAAUGACAGAAGAAUCAAAACAUAACUCGAUUGGCAGCGUGAAAGAGGAACGAUUCAAGGAGAGCCAAGGCACACAAGGAAUGGCAACUAAAAUAAUCAAAUCCGAAUCAUUAAAAGAUAUUAAGACUGAGCCAGGGCUAAGCGUUGGUACACAUCAGGGCACCGGAUUGCUUACGAAGGAACAUUCGUUAACGAGCCUAAACUCGCCACAACCACCCCCUCCCUUACCACCACAAUCACUAGGACCUUAUGGUAAUAUAUUUCAGCGCCACGGUUUAAACGCAACAUCCCCGACUGGUGCACCGCCACCAGGCCCUGCGUCGCAUAUGUCCACUAGAGAUGAAGAUUUGCGGAGAUUAUUCAGUUAUUCCGACCAACGGCGCGUUUCAUCAGGUGGUGGUAAUGGGACGUCAUCCGGACAUCCGAUAGCAACAGGUCUUAACCCAAAGGAAGAACCACAUUCUCCGUCAUCACAUACGACUCAAUCUCAACAACAGCAACUUAGUUUACAUGGACAGUCUAUGCUGGCAGUAAGUCAGUCAAGUGGGAAGAGUUCGAAAUCUUCUUCCUCGUCUCUGCAAAGUACCUCGUCCUCGUCCGUCAAAGGCAUGGGGAAAUCUUCGGAUGGUAGCAGCAUAAAGUUGCAACAAGAUGAAAAAGAGACUAAUGUAAAGGUCAAGCAAGAAGGUCAGAAACCAACAAUGGAAACUCAGGGACCACCGCCACCGCCCACGUCACAAUAUUAUUCUCCAUCGUUGUACAUGAGCGCAGCUCCGUUUGGUUUCGAUCCCAGCCACCAGAUGUACCGACAAAUGCUGGUUUCCACAGCACCCUAUAAUGCGCCACCGUAUCACUUGCAAAUUCCUCGUUUUAACCAUCCACCAGAGGAUCUUUCGCGGAACCAAAGUACAAAGGCCUUGGACCUUUUGCAGCACCAUGCCAACCAAUACUACAACUCCCAUAAGAUUCACGAGUUAGGUGAGCGAGCACUAAAAAGUCCCAACAGCAGCACCGUCAAAGUAAGCGUAUCCAAUUCCAAUCUCUCCCAGCAACCAAGCUGCCAAAAUCCUAAUUUAUGCAUUCCUCCGCCAAACAAUAGUAGCACUGGGUUGUCAUUGCAGCAACAGCAAUCUGUUGCUGUUGCACAGCAACAACAGAAUUCAUCGUCUAAUUCCACUGGUAGCGGGGGUGGGGGUGCUGGCGUUGUUGGCAGUGUUGGUUGUGGCGGUGGUGUUAGUGGGGUGGGUGGUGGUAGCGGAAAUGGUAGUAAUGGUGGAGGUGGUAAUGGUAGUGGCAGUGGACUACCCCCAUUGCAGCAAACAUCAUCACAGCAGCAACCUCUUAAUUCUGCAGGAACCCUUAUGCAAGGAUCGUCCGUGACUAAUAAUGGCCAAGGUAGUAACGGUAGCGGUGGUGGCGUAAACAAUAGUUCGACAGGUAUUAGUAGCAGCGGUGGAAGUGGCGCUAAAGAAUGCGCACAUAACAUGGAUCAUCAGGGUAAUACAAGCGGCGUUAACUCACAACAACAACAGCCAUCGGCAACAAGUGGCCAAUCAAUGACUGGUAGUGGCAACAACAAUGUGAGAAGUCCGCCACCGCAACGACAUGUUCACACACAUCACCACACACACGUUGGCCUUGGUUAUCCUAUGUUUCAGGCUCCUUAUGGUGCAGUUUUAGCGAGCCCCCAAGCCACUGCUGUUACUGUGCUAAGUCCAUUCCAAACCGGACCAACAGCAAAAUGAAAGUAAAUAUUAUUAUGGAAUUUUAUAUGUUAAUUAAACAGAGCUUUUUGCUUUAUGUUUGGCGUUUGUGUGAUAUUAGAACGUACUAUGUACUUACAAUUUAGAUGAUGCGCUGGAAAUAUGUUUUAAUUUGCUGUAAUAUGAUAUUCUUUGCGAUUAUACAGAGCCCUUCUCAAUGUUCAUCUCGCCAUACCCUUGCAGGACUACAACAUAACCGAAUGAAAUAUUAAGUGGCUAGAACAGUGCCAAGACAAAUGACAAACUUCGGAAGUCGUCGUCAGAACUCUUGUCAGAUAUCUUAAAAUAAAUGCUGCAAGUAAUUAGUCUAAUGCAAGUAGCUCGUAACGUUGUCACCAUCACGUCAUCAUCAUCAGUGUUACAAAAUUACAGGCCGAAAACCACAGUUACGGUUUGUGAGGAGUAAAAAUGUAACUUCCAUAAACAAGGUGAUAUUCCUGUUUAUAUUAGACGCGUCGAGAUAACAAGAAAAUGUACAGACAAAAAAAAAUCUGUAGCAAAAUAGAAAAUGUGUGGACGUUAGGUACCCAUCUUAUUACUGAAAAAGAGUAUCGGGUAUAUUUUAGAUCUAUUUCGGGGUACAUUGUAGAAAAGCCAUGUAACAGCGCUUGAUUUGUUCGAAUUAGUAAUGCGGUUAACAUGUUAGCUUCUGUCCCGCAUGACGCUUUUCAGGUUCAUUUCAACAAAAUUGCGCAAUUGUUAAAUAUUUUUGUAAUAAAAAAGCUUCACAAGGGCAGUACUAACGCGCAAACUGAACAAAAUAACCGUUGGAAUGUAUAUCUUUGUAAAAAGUAUAUAAUACGGUACCCUUAAAAUCCAAAAGCAUAAGAAAAGAGCAGGCCAUGGGAGCAAACAUCGUAAGUUAAGAAUCAUUCAAUGUAAAAUAUAUGCAACUUAAGUGUCGAAUAAGAUAAUUUAGAACAUAGAAGCAAUUCCGGUUUUGUGAUUUGACCAUAGCUCCAACGAUACGAUAAGUUGAAGAAUCGCUACGAAUAUAUCAGUUAAGGUGCUGACAUAAAGAAUCACAUUGUAUUCUACAAUAUGAGGCAAGGCAAUUCGAUACACAAUGGAAGUCACUCGAAAAAUGGAGGCAAGUUGUUUAAAAGAUUCCGUAAGAUCAAAGAAUGAUGUCUCAGUUUUCCAUGCUCAAACAGUGGUAAUUCGGAGAAGACUGGGUAGUUUGAAUCAAGGAUGUAAAGAAAGAGACGUUACCCUUUUUAAAAAAGAUAAUGUAAAUUGUACAUCCGUACAACGUAAUACAAUAUUUAAAAAAUGUAGAAAUUAUUAUUUUUCUGAAGAUUAAACGAUUUCAAAUUUUAUUGAUUACUAAGCCGCAUUUUCCACCAUAUACGCGGCUGUGGUCUUCUUCGUUUGAUAUGUAUUUUUUUUUGUCAGUGAUGAAUAUAAUUUUUAACCUCUUCGUGAUGUUUCAUAAGGUAUCAACGUUACUCGAGAGAUGCGAGACGAAAUUUGUGUAUUUUUGUAAAUUUUGAAAAGUUUGUUGUAUCGUUUUUUUAUCGAUUUUUAGAUUCGCUACCUACCAUACGCCACGUCACUUAUCUGAUCACAGUUGAAAACGAUACAGCCCAUUAUGAACAGAUCGGCGUUAUGCAAAUGGAAAAAAAAUCGAUUGGAAUUUAAGGGCGUAUGAGUGAAAAUACAUUGUUAAAAAUUGCUUUGUCGACGGAAGUGCUAACAAACAUAUUCGCGUGAAGUAACGCACUCCCAGUUAUUAGCGAACUAACCGAAUCAACAAAGCGUAUGUAAAAAAUCUUAAUGAAUCAUUAUUAUCAUGAAACGAUUAAUUGUAACAAUAAUAAUCAUAAUUAUAAAGCGAGAAUAAAGCGUAUAGUAGACGUAGGGCAUAGACGUAAACUGAUGAAGGAAAUGAAAUAUGCUAUAUCUGAAAUAAGAUGGAUAUGUUCAUUUACGAACAAAAUCCGUGUUGUAAAAACAAAAAUGCAUACAAUCUCUCUCUCUCUCUCUCUCUCUCUCUCUCUCUCUCCCUCCCUCUCUCUCUCUCUCUCUUCCUCUAUCCUCUCCUAUAUUAUAAUAAAGAAUAUACGCGUACGUUCUAUACCAGAGUACAUUCCCAGUGUUGCAAAAAAAACAAUCUGAAAAAAAUAACAAGAACUAACUGGGCAAAUACAGCACAACAAGUUUAAUAAACCAUUAUAAUUGCAAAAUGCUGUGGUCUUUUUAUUCGCAUGCCGCAUUUAACAUACCAUCGUCGUAAUAAUUAUCGAUUUUUCUUCUUUUUUUCAAUCUCAACUAUGUCUCCAACUAUAUAAUACGAAAGUUAUUGAAACCCAUGUGGGUUAAGGGCACCCCAGGAUGCCAGUUCUAGUUUGAUAUUAAAUUUAGAACAAAAAAAGUUGAAUCCUCCACAAAAAUGGUCAAAACUGGGUCUUUGCUUUGACGCGAAUAGUUGAUGCAUAGGCUCUUAAAAGUUCCGAAGAUUUGAUUAGAAAAAUGUUUCUCAACAGUCUAAAACAAUCCGUGCGUAAGCCGAAACACAGGCACUCUGCUUAGGUUUAGUAUAUUUCCGUUAAAAUUAAUUAUGUUGACAAUUCUGCAAAAAGUCUAGAUUAUUUAUUUUAUCAAAAUUAAUGGCGUAUGAAAAUUCAACCCUUGCAGAUUGGUGCAGGUUUAAAGAAAAAUAAUAAACAAGUUCAAAACAGGUGUACAGUAUAUGAUAAUUUUUUACAUUUUGUUUAUUUUGUUACAAUAAAAAAACAUUGGUUCCAAACAUUCUUUCGAAAAAUAAAUAAUAGCAUCGGUAACGGCUUACACCUCGUCGCAUUAUCGUUCUGAGCGAUGUAAGAUUUUUUUUCGAGGGUCAUGGGACC